AUGACAGUAAUCGGUGACGGUACGCCGUUACCCGAUGGCGACCACAGACCACGACAAGAGGGCGAUAAGGAUAACGCAGGAGUGGCAUCAUCCUUCUCUACGAAGGACCCCAUGGGGAUCAGCGAGGAGGAUAUAAGAGUCUCCUACGUUACUGAGCCGUGCUAUGGCGACGUCAAGAUAUGGUUGAACGGCUGCUGUGUCAGCGGUCCUGAAUGGAAGCAGGGUUAUGGCAGUUUUAUUGCAAUUCUGGCACCGUCUGUGCUUCUGGACGUCUUCGUUGCUCCAGAUUUCAACGUUGGUGUGAUGGUGGUUCUGGUAAUACUAGAAGUGAUAACCCUAUACCUCCUAUUCAAGACCAUAUACUCUGAUCCUGGUAUCCUACCACGAUUAGAGUCUCAUGGGGCCUAUGAGGACCCAGCCACUGGAGAGAAACGGUUUCGAGCCCCUCCUCGAUUUCAAGACUGCGUCCUUAGCAACCACCCUUUCCGAUUGAAGUAUUGCCAUACCUGCCACCUCUAUCGGCCCCCGAGGGCCACCCAUUGUGGGACCUGUGAUACCUGCGUGACAAGAUUCGAUCACCAUUGUCCGUGGGUCGGUACUUGUAUAGGGGGCGGCAAUUACCGGAUAUUUUAUUCUUUCAUCACCUGCACAGCUGCGUUGACGCUGUUCGGGCUGGGCCUGUCAGUAGCCCAUUUGGUCAUUCUCUCCGACGACAAUGGAGGUUUCGUAGGUAUAGAAGCUAGCCCUAUGACUGUAGUAGUGCUGGUCUACUGUGCCCUCUUUAUGUGGUUCACAGUAGGGCUCUUUCUCUAUCACACCUACUUGGUCCUCACAGCCCAGACAACGUACGAGCAAAUUAAAGGCGUGUAUUCUCUCUCGCAUGGCUGUAUUGACAAUCCCUAUUACCGAGGCCCCGGUGGUAAUAUGAAGUACGGCGUAGCCAAGGCCCGACGGAGGGGAUCUAAAUUUGAUCGGAAGAAAGGCACUGUGGUAUUACCAUCGAGCCUUCCUCCGGUCAUCUUACCAUGCAUACAUGGUGGGUCUGAGGGUGACCCUCAAGAUGAUAUCCAUGGGGCCCUUGCUGCGGACACACCUCUCACCACUGAUGCUUGUGUGACGACUCCCGAAGUACCACAUGGGCUUGAGGCUCAGCAUUCACCUCACUCUACCCCAGCAGCUGAUAGGACUACUGCCUCCUCUAGGGCUGCUACUGAGUAUGAGGACCGGGAGACACCAGAAAAGGACAGGCUUGCCGAGGCCGGUCGAGUCACACAGGUUUCCCAUGGUCCUCUAGCCUCAAUGGAAGACCCCAGCCCAGUGAUCGAGGUCCCCAACGCUAUUGUAAAGUUGGCUGGUGUGGACCUCAACAAGACCGCACUUUGA